CAAAGAUAUUGUACUCCACCAUGAUCCUGCAAGCAAGCAGAAGGCCAAGAAUGCCAAUGUAUUCUCCCCUUCCUGUGUACGCUAUUCUUUUGCUUCUUUCUUGGCCAUUCAGUUCGGUGCCUAUUUGCUCAUCCGAUAAUCGGCUUGUCGCUGGCAAGCCGCUCUCCCCUGGCAGUGUCCUCGUCUCUCAAGAUGGGGUGUUUGCCCUGGGAUUCUUCUCCCCGUACAACUCCACUAAGAACCAUCACUAUGUUGGCAUAUGGUACAACGACAUCCCGGAGCGCACGGUGGUAUGGGUUUCUAACCGUGCGGCGCCGAUCACCACUAACCUUUCCUCUGCAAAUCUUGCCGUCACCGGCAGCUCCGACAUAGUCUUGUCUGAUAACAAUGGUCGUGUCUUCUGGACAACGUACAACAGCAUCAACAUCAACUCCAUCUCGGUGGAAGCAGUGUUGGACAACACUGGCAACUUCAUCCUUAGAUCAUUAACUGAUAGUACCAUCCUAUGGCAAAGCUUCGACCACCCUACCGACACUCUCCUACCCGGCAUGAACCUCAGGCUCAGCCACAACACGCUUCCACUGCAGCACCUCGUCUCCUGGAAAGGCCUACAUGACCCAUCCCCCGGUGAGUUCUCCUACGGCGCAGACCCUAGCAGCCUCCUCCAGUGCUUCGUCUGGAAUGGCUCGAGGCCACACCGGCGAAGCCCGGUGUGGACAAAUUACCUCUAUGUUGGUGGAUUCAACGAGUCUACCAUUUAUAUGGCCUUACAUCACGCCGGUGACGAGGUGUACAUGUCCUUCAUCAUGCCGAUUGGCUACUUCGUCCUGCUGGUCAGGAUGGAGAUUGACUACUUGGGCAAGGUAAAUCUACUAAUCUGGGAGAGCAACAUGUCUGCAUGGAGAGCCCUGUAUGCAGAGCCUCAACAUGAGUGCAAUAUGUACGGCUACUGUGGUCUUUAUGGUUACUGCGACAAUACAGAAGUUGUCCCAGUUUGCAAGUGCCUUGAAGGUUUUGAGCCGAGGGAUGGUGAAGGAUGGAUCGCCAAUGGCUUCUCACAUGGAUGCCGCCAGAAGGAGGUGCAGAGGUGCACCCAUGGAGACGGUUUCUUGGUCUUUCCAGGCAUGAAGGUCCCUGACAAGUUCAUACAUGUCCCGAGCAGAAGCUUUGAUGAGUGCACGGAGGAAUGCAGAAGCAAUUGCUCCUGUGUGGCAUAUGCUUAUUCCAAGAUGAGCAACAUGGAUAUUGAUGGGGAUGACACAAGAUGCCUGGUAUGGAUGGGAGAUUUGAUCGACAUGGAGAACCACACUCAAGGAGGGGAGAACCUCUAUGUUCGGACUAAAAGAUUACAAGGCAAUCAAGGAAGCAUGGUUGUCCGGGAAAGGAUGAUGCGACGAGAUACAGAAAAUUAUAAUGAGGUUGCUGAUAGUUACACAGAGUUUCCCAUUUUGAACUUCAUGGCACUUGCUGCUGCGACAAAUAAUUUCUCUGAAUCCAACAUUCUUGGCAAAGGAGGGUUUGGCAACGUUUAUAAGGGAACGUUCGAAGAUGGUAAGGAAAUUGCUGUGAAAAGGCUUCGUGUUGGUUCUGUCCAAGGGGCUGUGGAGUUCAAAAAUGAAAUAGCUCUGACUUCUAGGUUGCAGCAUAGAAACUUGGUCAAACUUAUGGGCUGCAGUAUUUAUGAAGACGAAAAGCUUUUGAUUUAUGAAUACCUACCUAACCGAAGUUUGGAUUACUUCAUUUUCAAUGAUACAAGAAAAUCACUACUCAAUUGGCCAACAAGAUUUAAGAUAAUCAUUGGAGUAGCUAGGGGACUUCUUUAUCUCCACCAAGAUUCCAGAUUGGUUAUGAUUCAUAGAGAUCUCAAAGCAGGCAACAUAUUGUUGGAUGCUGAGAUGAACCCGAAAAUAUCUGAUUUUGGUACAGCUAGGGUCUUUGGUGUGAACGAACACGAACAACAUACCAAUCAAGUUGUUGGAACAUUCGGAUACAUGUCGCCUGAAUACGCAAUGGAAGGCAUAAUCUCCGUCAAAUCCGAUGUUUACAGCUUUGGGGUAUUAAUUCUAGAGAUUGUGAGUGGCAUGAAGACCGGCACCACAACCCCAAAGAGCUCAUGUGCAUGCACUCAUAACCUUAUAAAUUAUGCGUGGAGCUUAAGGAAGGAUGGGAAAUUGAUGGAUCUAAUCGAGUCAUCUAUCAUCGAGGAUUGCUCUCUCGCUGAAGCUCUACGAUGCAUCCAUGUCGGACUCUUGUCGGUGCAGCAUGACCCGGACGCUCGCCCUCUCAUGUCUUGGGUGGUAGCAAGCCUGGAUAACAAAGGCAUUGAGCUCGCGCAGCCGAAAGAACCUAUGUGCUUUACACAUCGUAAAUACGGAGCCGGGGAAAGCCAUGUACAUGACAUGAGCCUCGAAAACCUUAAGGGGUGCUAGAAAACCAUUGGUCCUGUCUUGUCCUUGUGACACUAAUGUCUUCAUAUAAAUAACUGCUCAUUUCUAUUCUACACUGGAUGCGCUCUGUC